GUUGCCCCCCCUCUUCCUUCUUACCAGCCGUCUUCCUUUCAACGCGGAAACUUCGAGCAGUGAGUCAUGUCGAUUCAUUUUGGCUGCACCUACAAACCUGUGAGCCAUGUCAUUUUCGACAUGGAUGGAUUAUUAUUAGACACAGAGCGGCUGUACACCGUGUCCUUCCAGGAAGUGUGUGACCGCUUUGGGAAGCAGUACACGUGGGCGGUGAAGUCGUCGGUGAUGGGGAAGAAGGCUCUGGAUGCUGCCCAGAUGAUCCGGGACGCUCUGGAGCUUCCUCUGACCGCCGAGGAACUCCUCGCUGAAACCAGACAGAUCCAAGAACGCAUCUUCCCCUCCGCUAAACUCCUGCCAGGCGUGGAGAAGCUGGUGCAGCAUCUCCGUAACCAUGGCGUCCCCGUGGCGGUGGCCACCAGCUCGGCCGGCGAGACGUUCCAGCUGAAGACGAGUCGACACAAAGACUUCUUCGGCCUGUUUGACCACGUCGUCCUGGGAGACGACCCCGAGGUCAAGAACAGCAAACCUCAACCGGACUCCUUCCUCGUCUGCGCCGCCAGGUUCAACCCCCCCGCUGCUCCAGAGAAGUGCCUGGUGUUUGAAGAUGCUCCCAAUGGCGUGAAGGCGGCGCUGGCGGCGGAGAUGCAGGUCGUGAUGAUUCCCGAUGACAACAUGGACCCGGGUCUUACCCAGGAGGCCACGCUGCGACUCCGGAGCAUGGAGGCGUUUGAGCCGCAGCUCUUUGGCCUACCGGCAUUCGACUGAGUCGGAAAACCUCAAACAUUUAAGAGACCAAACAACUAAUCCAUUCAUCCAGAAAAUAAUCCACACAUUAAUCCAGGGUGAAAAUAAUCGUUAGUUGCUGCCCUGGCUGCCCGUAACUUUUGUUUCGGAGCGCGGGUAUUUAACCCUCCUGUUUUCAAAGUUUCUAUAUCAGACAUUUGGGUUUCUUUCAACCAAAUUUCCCCAAAAUAACACGUAUGGUUCCAUACAAUGCUCUUCAAGAGAUCUGUACUUUCAUUGAAUUCUAGGUGUUUUAUUUUAUGGCAUUAUCCUGACUAACCUUUGACAUUUCUGUGAUUAUCCAUUACCUUCAUUCUUCUGAUACUGGUGAUAAUAGAAAAAAAAGUGCCAAAAAAGUUGAAAUAAGCACCAGAAACAUAGAAAAAAACAAGCAAAACGUCCAACAAAAAAGUAAGAAAAAUGUAAAAACAGUGUCUACAAAUAGUGUAAAUUUUGACCCUGGACACAAGGGUUAAGUGGCACCGAAAUCUGCGGUCUGGUAGAUACCCAUCUUUUGGAGCAGUGUUUCUCAAAUAGCCUUUGUUUUCUACCAAAAAAUGUUUUGCAUUGGUCAGGGGGUACUACGUUUUAGGAACCCAGAGAGGCGUUAGAACAAAGCAGAGAAUCAGAGAAAUAAAACCUUGUUUUUGCUACUAGAAAUCACUAUCCUCAUUCAUUUUGUAAGAUGCUACAAAUGAUAUCUAGCUACUAACCCUAACCCUGAAGAGUCUGAAGUUAGAACGUAAGUACAGAGUUGUUUCUAUGCAGAUGAUACACUGUCUUGUUGCAUUGGGAUCUGGAAAACGUGGAAAAAAGCACCAAAAAAACAUUGAAAGAAUGUGUCAGAAAACGUUUAACAAAGCAUCAAAAUGUCCAAAAAGUGCCAUAAAAGGACCAGAAAUGAAAAAAGCAGCAAAAGUGUUAAAUAAAGCUUCCAAAAUGUCAAAAAGUGUCAAGAAUGCACUGAAAAUGCACAAAGAAAGUAUAAUUUUUUUCUUUGAAAAAGCACUAAAAACGUAAAAAAAACAAAGCUAGAUACUGGGUGUUUAGGAACUUUUGGUACUCAACCCUAGUCGAAAUACUGUAAAUGCAACACUGUCCUUGUCAUACAUUUUGUUUAAACAGU